AGGCUUAUGUUCAAUAUAGAUAAAACACAAUUUAUUUUAGAAAUAAAUACAUUAUUUUUAUUAUCAAAAAUAACGAACAAUACAAGGUAGUUAUCAUAUGAACUCAAACAAAAGCCAGGGGGACUACUUCACACAAAAACAUUAAAUAAAGUGCACAAAUCAAUAGUUUAUUUAGCUUUCUUAUUAUUAGAGUCAGAUAUAUUUGUGAUAUAUUGUUCAAACUCAUUCACCAGAAAAGAUAGGACAACAUUCGUUUCACGCUUUCCUUUCUCGAUCUUAUUUUGAAAUUCGUUAACAGCGGAAGUAAAUAGUAAUCGUGUUACAACCCGGAAGUAUUACCUUCCUCUGACUAACGUUUGAAUCGACAAGAAUGACCGAUUUAUCUUUUAAAGAAACGAUUAAAAGCGGAGCUGCUACGAUCUUCCAGCUGCUGGAGGUCCUACUUGUGUGCUAAUCUCCGGUCCUGGAGGUGGAUGCGGUCAACGCCCCGAUGCUAUCGGAGAAAACCCCGCCGCUCUGUUUACAUGUCGGCUGUUUCCCCGCAGUGUGUCGUUAACUGAUCGUGCUGCCCGUUUGUGUUGUUCAGGAGGAGGAGGGGGGGGAAAAUGGCUGAACUGCAUGUAGUAGAACCGAGCGGAACCGGCACCAUAGAUCAGCCCGAGCACCGCGAUCACGUACGGGGCUCGAUGCGCCUGGCGUCGCCCACACUGGUGGUUCCUCCGCGGGGCACCGGACAGCUCAGCCCCGGCGGCGGCAGGUCGGUGUUCGGCUUCCCGCUGAGGAGUAACCCGAGCUCACCGUCCGAACCGGUGGACAAGCCGGGCUCGCGUUGGGUUCGGCUCAACGUCGGUGGGACCUACUUCAUCACGACCAAACAGACGUUAUGUAGGGACCCCAAAUCUUUCCUGUUCCGACUGUGUCAAGAAGACCCGGACCUGGACUCUGACAAAGACGAGACGGGGGCCUACCUCAUCGACAGGGACCCCACGUACUUCGGCCCCAUCCUGAACUACCUUCGACACGGAAAACUGAUCAUGGAUAAGAAUCUGGCCGAGGAAGGGGUUCUGGAGGAAGCUGAGUUCUACAACAUCGCCUCCCUGGUGAGGCUGGUGAAGGAGAGGAUACGGGACAAUGAGAACCGGACGUCUCAGGGUCCGGUGAAACACGUGUACCGAGUCCUGCAGUGCCAAGAGGAGGAACUCACRCAGAUGGUCUCCACCAUGUCGGAUGGAUGGAAGUUCGAGCAGCUCAUCAGUAUCGGCUCGUCGUAUAACUACGGUAACGAGGACCAGGCGGAGUUUCUUUGUGUCGUUUCCCGAGAACUCAACAACUCCACCAACGGCAUCGUCAUCGAGCCCACCGAGAAGGCCAAGAUCCUCCAGGAGCGAGGUUCCCGGAUGUGAGGCGACGCAGACCCCGAGGUAAACAUCGACAACAAAAAGCACACUCCUCAGUUCUCAUUCGCCAACCACUACAGCGCCUCCAUCGGCGAGCUCCCGUCUCCUCUGCAGUGCCUUCCCGCAGCCGAGGCUCCCCUCCUCGUCUUCACUCCUCGUCUUCACAGCUGAAACCCGACCCUCGUUUCUCCUCAUCGCCGCAGAGAAAYGGGUCCUGAUGCUGAUUUAACGGAUGGCUACAUCUCCAUUUUUGAUCUUCACCUCCAGGAUUCAUCUUCUGUUUUACACGUUCGGCUCGGUCCGGUCAGCAGAACUCUCCUCAGGAUCCUCACAGAACAAACAGGAUUUAAAUCAAACUCCGGUUUCCGAGCCUGGAUCUGACUAACGGAGCGUCGGAGCAGCAGAACCUCCUCUUGACGGUUCAGUCUCUGUUUGAAACAGACCCGCUCCCAUCUGCGAGAAUCUGAGAAUAUUUCCACACAGAAUCAUCCUACGACAGACUUUAAACUUCACUCCUGCACAGUUUCCCCAGGCAUGUAAGGAAUCUAUAUUUCAAUAUAUUUAGGCUGAAAUUAUAUGAAAAUCUGAAUGCAAAAGGUGUAAUUACUGAUUUCUGUAUCAUAUAUUUACAUAUUCUUGUGGAUGAAGAAGAAAUAUCAGUUUUAACGACGAGUUUGAGCCCCGUUGAUGCGGCUCUGUGUCUGCAGUGCCUCAGUCCACGACUGAAAUAUCUGUUUUCAGCUGCACGCUUUCUCUAGUUUCUCCUUUAGAAAAAGAAGAGUUGAUCCCACGUCGACAUGUUGCAUAUCUGAAAAUUGUAAUUAGGGAUGAAGAACCGUGCGAUGGAGGUUUGAAGCGUGAGCAGUUGCUUGUGUUCGCUCUUCAUUGUCUGCAGCAUGUAGCAACCAGGCUGGAGCAUAAACACCAGACCUUACGAACCGUCAGUGAACGCACCACGGUGGGGCCGGCGAAGGCUUUGUUUUAGAAACUUUAAAGUUCUUGACUCUGCAGGAAACACAUUUCAGAAUCCCUUCGAGCAUUUCUGACUUUCCACAGAAGGAAAGUAUAAAAUAUAUCACAUUUAUUGUGUCGAGUUAUUUAAAAAAAACAUUUUCAAAUACGCCGUGCUAAAAUUAAAUUUUUAAAACAUUUUAGUCAUUUAUCAAACAGAAAUUUCUGUUAUUCUCUUGUUUCUUUAUACAUCACAGACCUUUCAUAGUGGUGGACUAUAUAUGUUAUUGUGUUUGCUUGUCUGUUAGCAAAAUAUCUCAGUAAGCACAGGACAGAUUUUAAUGAAACUCUAGGCUGUUAUAACUGAUGAACGUUUGSAGUAACCCUGCUUCAAGAUGGCCGUCACAUCCAACAUUAGUAAACACACAGACRGUGAUGUAGUGACUUUUACAGAUAUUGAGUUAAAGUUUAAUGUUUCAGACAUUUUAUUUUACAUUUCUUUUUAUUUAUUAAAAUAUUCUUAUCUGUCCAUCUUUGAGGAUUUCUGCUUGACGAAUGACUAAAAAACUUUCAUUUGCUCUGAAAUCUUUUAUCAGCUGUGUCGCAUUUUAACUGAGUUAAGCUCAGUUUGUUAAACGCAGAAAGCAGCUUUCACUUUUUACACCAUAUCAGUGAUUUAUUGACGGUGAUUUUUAUUUAAUCACUUUCAUCGAUCAUCUUAAAAUUUCUUUUUUAUGUAUAAAAAUUGUUUAAUGCGUUUAAAACGAGCAUGAAGGAACGACGUAGAAAAAGGACCCAAACAUUUCGUUAAAGAGAUUUUUUUUUCACUUCCUGUUUGUUUUUUGAGUCUUCUCCGAGCAGUUUG